UCAUACUUUGAACAACGUAUUUACUAAAUUGUGAGACAUUACAAAAACUCUGAACCAGGCUGCAGCAGCAAAAUGCCAAGCAUUCGAGAUCGUACCAGUUCCUGGAAGAACGGCACUCCUCCCCUUAAUAUAGAUGUCGUAUCCGCCAUUUGUUCACAUUUGCCUCUCUCCGACAUCAAAAAUUGUCGCCUCGUUUCCAAAAUGUGGGAUGAAGGAGCCAAAAUCACGCUCAAAAACGAAAGCACGACCCGACUAAAUUUUUCCCUCCAUCCCGACGAUAUCCAAAAGAACGCCCGGUUUUCCCAAGAAAUGUCCACAUUCGGCAGUAUCAUCAAUAUGAACAUAGUUUUCCGACAUGACCCCAGAACCUGUGAGUACAACAAGUUCAACAAGGUUAAAAGCGUGUCAUCCUUCGCUUCGAAAUUGUUAGCCGUCCCAAACCUGAAAAUUUCCGGGACAAUUCGGGAAACGUGGCAGGACGCUAUCCUGCAAAAAAUCCUCCUGAAAGGUAUCAAUAUUCUGGUCCGAGUCGAAUUGGAUUUGUGCUACAUCGCUCUUCCAAAUUUGGGAAGGAAGACGGCCUCGUCUCCCGAUACCUUGGUAAAACCCGGGUUUUGUGAGGGCAGAAAAUUCCACGGGGUGAAAAAGUUAACCUUCUACAUCUCCGAUUUCCUCUGGCCAGCCAUGGACGAAAAGUUGUACGAUAUGGUAACAGCCUUUCCCCAAGUGGAGGACAUGUCGGUGAAUAAAUACAAACUUUCGACGCUUUGGAAAGGGGACAAGUCGCCAUUUCCAAGCUCCGUAAGAAAGCUGACCGUUCUCCACCUCACAUCAGAAUACAAUCUUCCAUCCCUUCUCCAAAUGACGCAGCCCUUGACCUCCCUCUCCCUCAAUCUUAUAAAACCCUCCACUCCGCAAAAUGAAGAAAUCCAGAUCGACACCGCAGUACGAGAUCUUCUCUCAAAACACGCCCCCACUUUGGAGCACCUCACCCUCGGAUUGAGCCAUUUGCGGUCAAAAACUGCCUGGAAACUGCCCCUGCUCCCAAAGGUUAAGCGAUUGCAAUUGUACGUUCCGGCACGUCGGAACGAUUUUGAGGUUGAGUUUGACUCUGGGAAGGAAGAUGAGAAAUCAAACGUAUUUCUCGCUCUGCCCCAAAUGAGAGAGUUGACCCUAGUUUUCAUGGGUAAUUGGAGGGGGGAGUGGUUAUCUUGCAUGGAAUCGUUGUUCCCUUCUGACAAGGGAGUGGUAGGCUUAGGGGGAGUGACCCAAUUUGAAAUACGAGACCAGUGGGAAAGCUCUGAGGUUAGUAGACCGGCUAGAAUUUUUGAAAAGGGGGAGGCAAUUGAUGGGAGGUAUAUUCAGAUCUUGAAAAUAUUUCCCCACGUGGAUAACAAGUUUAUGGAAUCUUUAAGAAUGUAUUAUUUGGGCAAACCGAACGCCAAACUUGGAUCGGAUACCACCACGCCAAGUUUUAGUGAAGGUUGUAGGUUAUGGGUGAAACCAUUGGUUAUGAAAGGCAAAAUCUGGUGAGGAAAAUUUGCUAAUUUGGACUCUAAAGAAGCCAGUAUUGCAAUAAUACAAAGCGGUAUUAAUACAUAUUUAAUUGUACCAGAGUGGUAUUGAUAAGUAAUACUGUGGUGUAAUAGCUUGACAUUUUGGUAGGAAGGUAUAAUUUUAGUACCAAACGGUAGCAACUUUAAUACGGAGAAAGUAAUAUCUGCGUGUCUAUACCAGAUUUCUAACAGUGUGGAGGAGCAAUUGGUUGGACAAAUUUUGGCGUACUUUUUCGGUGACAGUUUUGUAUAUGUAAUUAUUUUUAAUUAAAUUAUGCACAUUAAGAAAAUAAUGCUUGCAAGUAGUAAUAUGAUUAUUAUAACUUAAUCUAUGAACAUAUGUAGAUAGGAUUAAUGAGUAAUUUAAGUCCUAUAUUAAUUAAUUAAUAAUAUGCAUUCACGCAGUAUUU